UUUUGCACAACACCACAAGUCAACGAACACGAGUCAAAGCGUCAAAAUACACUCCACCGCAGGGUAGAAAACCUCCUUCACCCUUUUGAAGCACACGAUUUUCCUAAAGCACUGAAACUGAAACCUCGCUGGAGAGUUAGGGCUUCGUCGAAUUCGCCGGGGAAUUCGUCAUGUCAUCAUCGUUCGGAAGCUCCGCUCCUCCGUACGACGACGAUGGCAGCGGCUACGAUCCUCGGAUGCAGUCUCAGCGAUUCGACUCGUUCUCCAACUUCGAUGCCGACUCGGUCAAGGACUCGGCCGGCGAUUCGUCACCUAUUUUCGGUGGCGGCGGUUCGUACGGUGCCGGAGAUGACGUGUUCUCGUCUCAAGCGGCGCCGGGGACUCCUUCUCCGCCGUCUAUGUAUUCUGCCGCUGGGGGAUUCAUGGCGUUCUCGGCGGAGCAGAACGGGGAGGACGUUGACGGAGGUUUCGGUGUCUCUGAGGUCGUUCCCGGCGAGGGGCUUGCUUUGAGGGAGUGGCGAAGGCAAAACGCGAUUCGAUUGGAGGAGAAGGAGAAGAAGGAGAAGGAGAUGAGGAUGCAGAUCAUAGAGGAAGCGGAUGAAUACAAAGUUGAGUUCUACAAGAAGCGUGAGGUUAAUGUGGAGAACAAGAAGGCUUCUAUUUUUAGAAAACCGAGACAAGUUUCAUGCUGAAGCCGACAAGAACUACUGGAAGGCAAUUGGCGAACUCAUACCCCGUGAAGUUGCAGCUAUAGAGAAAAGAGGGAAGAAGGAUAAAGAGAAGAAGCCUUCUAUUGUGGUAAUUCAGGGUCCAAAGCCAGGGAAGCCAACUGACCUUUCAAGAAUGCGCCAGAUACUGUUGAAGCUCAAGCAUAAUCCCCCUCCACAUAUGAACCCCAAGUCACCACCAUCAUCAGAAUCCAAAAAGGAUGCCAAAACUGGGCCCCCUGAUGGUGCUAGUACAAGUAAUACUUCACCUCCCAGUGGUGCGCCAGCCACAACUCCUGAGACUGUAGCGGCAUCUUGAAAAGUUGAUGCUAGAUCAUUAAUCUAUAUGUAAAUAUGAUUUUGUCUAGUUUGUGAUGAACUGAUAGCUUAAGUUUGCGAUCGUCUAUUCAUCUUAGUCUGCUAGUCUGUCAGUAGUUUAUAAAUAUAGGUACUGGUUAUGCUUGCAUAGUGUAUCGGUAAAUAUUCUCCUCUUAGAACCUUUUAUUAUGGAUACUAUCUCCCGUUUGUGGCUUAACCACGUUAUGCUUGCAGUAUAUAUUUUGUUAAAACUCACUAUUUCUAUGUG